UGUCAUGCGCGGAAGCCAUUAAUGGUGACUCUCAAAGCCGUUUGUGCUAUAGAGCUCUAGCCAUCAAUCCCUUUUUAGGCGGUUUCGUGGUGGUUUCUUUUUCUCUUUGGUAUGCAGCUGCUUUCUUUGGAUCUGUGUUCUUGGGAGACAAUGGAGUUUUAACUUGCUAUGGGGUCAUGUUCUUCUUUUUCGACGUCACGUGGCUCGCCGGUGGUUUGUAGAAUUUGGCUCUGGAAGUGCUUAGUCAUUGAAGAUCACACCUCACUACCCUCGUCAUGUUUUCUCAAGUGGUUGUCUCUCCAGAUCUAGCGAGGGAUGUCUUCGUAGCUAUGGUUAGAUUUUUUUUUUUUUUUGCGGCAAUGUCUUCUCAUCGAUCCUUAGUUGCAUGUCAGAACCCUCCUUCGGCAGUGAUGGUUAGCUCGAGUUUUGCUGGCUGUUGUCUUCAUCCAUUGUGCUCUUUCUGUUUAUUUAUGGCCCUUCGGCUACUUUUGGAAGAAGAUAUUUUCAUCACAGGCAUUCUGGCCAAAGGAGUGGCUGCUCUGAAAGGGUGAAACUUCCGGGUUGAAACCGGGUCCUUCUUUGUCAUGGGUCUUUUUUGGGCUUUUUAAAUUUUUUAUCUUUGUAUCUUGAAUCUUAUGCUUGCAGGCUUCGGCCUAUCUAUUGAUUAAAAAUAAAAAAAGAGGAAGAAUUGAAAUUUCUAUUUUGAGGCGAGCCAGCACGCUGAAAAAUGCUGCCGUUUCCUUAACCCAAAACCCAUCUCCUUCCACUGUAGUCCCACGCUCGAAUCCUCGAUCUCCAUCCCUCUUCUCCUCUGCUGUCCCGUUCGUCUGCAUAACCAGAACUCAUCCUCACACACUCACCACCAGAACCCGAAAACCAGCUCCUACACAGCCACCAUCUCCCCUCUUCACCGCUCUUCCGCUACGAAACCCACUGUUAUUUUCAUCUUGCACACGUCCAUCUCCACCCUUCCUCUUCACCGACCCACUUAUACAAUACACCCACCUCGACAUCAUUCUGCCCCUUCUAUUCGAAACCCACUGCCAUUGAACCCGACUCCAGCCACCUCUCACUAAACCCAACUCUCGCAGCACCUAAAACCAGCUGCUUCCUUCGAUUUCAUGCCCCAACAGCCGGUGGCCACCGGCGAUCUCAGCAGAGAGCGAGCAGCGAGUCUAGCAUUCCAUCUUCGCAUAGACACCCAUUUUCAUUACCCAGAAAUACCCAGCUCAUUCACGUGUUGUUUCGGUCCAUCCUACGACAACAUUUCCUUCUAUUGAAUCAGACUGGCCGAUACUCAGGCGUCCUCUCAUUCGACGGCUCCAUCAAAUCCAACAGCCGACGCAGAGCUCUCCUUUCAUUGCCAGACAGCAGGUUCACCGAAGCAGAGACAUUCUUUUCCUGCUGCACGCUAGUCCAGAAUCGGGGGUACAAAGGAUUUACAGCUUAUUUAUGUCUUCUACGAAUAAAUGCAAAAAUGCUCCCUAUUUUGAUUCUGAUUGCUCUUGACUUGGAGAAAUAUUGACGGUUACUAGACAGAUGGAAGCUUUGUAUGCAAAGCUAUACAACAAGUAUGAUGCUCUAAAGAAAAAAAGAAUUUCUGAGUUGGAUGAGAUCAACAAAGAUCAAGAAUUAAAGUUUUUGAAUUAUGUAACAGCUGCAGAAGAGCUGAUACAACAUUUGAAAGUUGAAAACGACAAGUUGCAGGAACAAGUUAGUGAAUUGAGAAACCAAGUUGCUUCAAUCAGGUCUACCAAGGACAACGAGUGUGCACAAUACCAAAAACUGUUGAUGGAAGAGAACCAAAAGAGUGAAAUGCUUUCCAAGGAAGUUGAGAGGCUUCAAAAGCUUCAGGAGCAACUUUUUUCCAGUUCAAAGAACUACGCUAAUGAGAAUAUGCAGCACAAUAUGCUUGAAACUCCUCAAGUUACACCAGGAGAGGUUAUCAGUGACUCAAUAAGAACAAGAAGAAAGCGCAGCCGAGAAGACGGUACUCAGAUGGAAGGUGUUACUGCUCCUGGUCAUCUAGAUGAUUUAUUGUUAAGGGAAUCAGCACAGGAUCCAUCAAGGGAAACUUUGUCCAUUGUGGAUCUGGAAAAUGAGCAGCAGCCUGAAUGUUGUAAAAGAACUGUUUGCAGAUCAGCCAACGGAGUCAUGAAUGAUGGUAGUUAUGCUACUUGCCGGUUUCAAGAUCUUAUUGAAUGCUUGUUGGGCAUGAAAUUUUCUAGUGUGAACAAAACUGAAGGAAUAUGCAUUUCAGCUCAACAUCAAUCAAGUGGUUAUGCAUUCAAUCUAACAUGGAUAAAGAAGGGGGGUGGAGAAGAGCCAGAGCUGCUAUACCAAGUGUCAACGUUAGGGACAUUUGAGAGGGUAGCACCAGAGUGGAUGAGAUCGGUACUGAUGUUCAGCACGAGCAUGUGCCCAAUCUUCUUUGAAAGGGUAGCCCGCGUUAUCAAAAUGCAUCACUGAUGCUUCUCAGCAUUGUAAAUUUGACAGUUUUAUGCAUAGGACUUGCACCAAGUUCAUAAUCGUGUCUCAUGGAAUGUAAUUUGUCAUUUGUAACAUUCAGCCUAUAAGUUGAGUACUUUUCAAUGCAAAUAUUGAGGUUUGAGCGUUGCUA